AUCAUUCGUUAGCAGCAAACAAUAUAUGAAUUUCAUGUAAUUGUUUUCGCCGACGAUUUCUAUGACGCGCUCUCGUCAAAUGUUUACACUCUAACGAGCUAGCCUAGUAUAUGUAAGCCGUGAUCAGAUCUACCAUAGUUUGCAGAUGAAACUUGGGAUGGCAGGCUGUUAGCGGAUUGACAAAGUACCAGAUCAUGCUGUGUGGGGUGCUGUCCCGGUUAACAAUGAGGAGAACGAGAUAUUUGCAGAUACGUCAUUUAGUCGGACAACUGUCAGUUUGUUGGUUGAAUUUAAUUUGGUUUUUUUUUUAAUUUAAAAAUCAGAAAAGAAUAAUUAAGGUUUAAGAAUGAUAUGAGUGCACUCGUAAGGACACCUGCUAUCAAUAUAUAUGAAAAACUGGCACAUUUUUUCCAAAUUAAAGAUCCCUAUUGGGUGGCUUUCCCCAAAAACCAUUCCUCAGAAACUAAAAUACCGAAGUGUUUCCCCAGAAAGAACCAUUCUUCAGAAAACCAUAUCCAGAAUGCUCAGAAAUCAUUCCACAGAUAUAACCAUUUCCCAGACAUUUUUUUGAAGCGGGAAAAAAUCUUGAUGAAAAUCAAAAAUCUUUUUCAAAAUGUUGGCCAUAUUGCUUUCUUCGAAGAGUGCACUGCUAGCAGCAUUAGACAAUAGCAAUAUUUUUACAUUAUUCUUUCAAUAAUAUAAACAUUAUGUACAUAUAGGACAAAUCACAAAAUUCAGAACAGGUGUGUUUUUCAGUGCCAUUUGGCAACAACCAUAGAAAGCGGUAGCCCCCUUCCUAGCAUAUAAAAGAAUGGUACAUUGCAAAAUGACGCCAUAUGAGUAAAAUGCCCGAAAAAAUGACAGUUCAGCGAGCUUGUUUACAUGGUGUUAGAAUUCGAACCUAGUUUCUUGUACUUGGCGAAACCAAAAAUUUUCUAAGUCCAUUAUAACAUGGACGUAACAAAAUGGAAAAAAAACUUUGCGGAGUGGGAAUUAUAGACGAAAAGUGAGUUUGUAUCGGAGAUCGGAUUGUCCUGAAAUCCUUGAGCCUUCCGAUAAAGUAAUUGUGGAAACACCCAAUUCUACACCUACAAUUUCAUUUGAAAAAUCGGAUGAUGAAAGCUCAGAUAAUUCUGUGAGCGCCUACAGCCCAGAUGAAAAUUCCGAUGAAGAGCCCAGCGAAAAAUGGAGUAUCUUAUUUUCCGAAGAUUCUUUUACCGGAGAAUUAGUUCAAAACAAAACCGAAGAGGAAAGUUUAUCUUCAUUCCUACGCAACUGGAGCAUUCAGUAUAACAUUGCACAUACUGCAUUGAAGCCAUUGCUGCAAAAACUGAACCAGCUUGAUAAAACACUGCCGGAAAGCCCAAGGCGACUUCUUCGCACUCCAAGGAUCAAUGCUACAAUUAUAAAUAUAGAUGGUGGACAAUAUUGGCAUCAGGGUCUGGAAAAUUGCCUACGUCAGUCUUUCAUCGAUUUGAAAAGUUCGAGAUUACUGUACAUAAAUAUCAAUAUUGACGGAUUACCAUUGUUCAAAAAUGGUACUGAUCAAGUUUGGCCAAUAUUAUUCAACAUUCACGGAGACACAUGCUUCAAUCCAAUGAUCAUUGGCCUUUUCUACGGGAAAAGUAAACCUAACAAAGUGGAGCAGUUCUUGAAACCACUUGUGGACGAAAUUGUUCCAAUAGUCUGGCCUUGAUAUAAAUGUGGGUUCAAGUUAUCAAUUAAAAUCCGCGCAUUUAUUUGUGAUUCUCCUGCCAGAGCUUUCAUUAAGGGUGUGGUUAAUUUCAAUUCAUUCCAUGGCUGCUUAAAAUGCCAAACCAUUGGACAGCAUUCCACACUUCUUCAUACAAAUAUUUUUCCGCAAACAUUUGCCGAAAAAAGAACUAAACACGCUUUCCGAUCUGGUUCCUAUCAAAUUCGCAAAAUUCGUGAAGAUGGUAAACUCAAAAAAAGCAUUGUUGUUUCACCACUCCUACGACUUCCAAUAGAUAUCAUAGAGGAUGUGAUUGUGGCCGAUUCUCUUCACCUGCUUCAUCUUGGUAUAAUGAAACGAUUACUUCUGUCAUACAAAGAUGGUCACAAUGGUAGUGAAGACAGUAGGUGGUCAAACAAUGUCGUCAUGCAAAUAUCGAAAAUUCUCAAAUCCAUUAAACUUCCGACCGAAAUACACAGGGCUGUUCGAGGAAUCGAUUGUUUGACCCAUUGGAAAGCAUCAGAGUGUGCUUCAUUUCUUCAUUGCAUUGGAAUUAUUGUUCUCAAACAUUUCAUCAAGAAAGAUCAGUUUCAAAAUUUUGCAAAUUUAUUUUGUGCAGUCACAAUUUGUUCAAGUUCAUACUACAUACGAUUUUUACCGGUCGCUCAAACAUUAUUUGAAGAUUUCAUUGCAAAUUAUUACUUGUUUUACAAUUCCAUUACCAGUAACAUUCAUAAUUUAGUCCAUAUAGUUGACGAAGUCUCACGAUUUGGCCCCCUACCGACAAUUUCUUCUUACCCCUUUGAAAACCAUCUUUUUCAGGUCAAGAAAUUAGUAAGAUCGGGAAAGCUUCCCUUAAACCAAAUCAUAAAUCGCAUAACUGAGAAAUAUUCAUUUAAAUCAAUAAUAGAUGAGCCUGCCGAGUUUCCUAUAUUCAAAUACCCAAUGAAAUUUGAUCAUUCUCAGUAUGGUUAUGUAGGCCUCACUAAUAACUUCAUGUUGGCUACAAAAUUUCCUGAUAGGUGGUUUCUUACGAAAGAUAAAAGGAUAGCAGCUAUGCAAUAUGCAAACACCAAUGGUAUUUACGGUUCAGAGGUGAACGAAAUCGAAAAUCUUUUUGAAUAUCCUUUGUCAUCACCCUGUAUCAACGUUUUCAAAGCACCUAGCAGAUAUGAAUUACUUGAACCAAGAAUGUACGGGUUCGAUAAAGUUUUAUGUAAAUUAGUAGUAAUUGUAGUACUUGACGAAACAUCAUUUAUACCAUUAUUACAUACUUUACCUGCGACUGAACAACAAUAAAAUGGUUGAAAUCAAUCGAUAAGACAUUUAGAGCCCAUGACAUACAUACCUGUUCAACUAAAACAAAAUUUAAUACGCGUGGUAAUCAAUAUCAAUUAUAUUGACUCAAUCAAUGUAACAACAUAUC